CUAAAAUAGUCACCAAUUGCAUAGCUAGUGAACAGAACUUUUUGGCAACCCUUGGUUAUAAAACUGAAGCAUGAAAGAACAAAUAGACACUCACCAGCAGAAGAGAACUCAAACAUCUAUCUCAUCUCUGAGGUUAUCCAAUAUAUAACAUGGGUGCAGGUGGGCGGAUGUCAGACCCAUCUGAGGGCAAAAACAUCCUCGAACGUGUCCCCAUUGAUCCACCAUUCACUCUAAGUGAUCUAAAGAAAGCAAUCCCUGCUCACUGCUUCGAACGAUCUGUCAUCCGUUCAUCUUACUAUGUUGUUCACGACCUCAUUGUGACCUAUGUCUUCUACUUCCUUGCCAACACAUACAUCCCUCUUCUCCCUACCCCGUGGGCUUACUUAGCAUGGCCGGUUUACUGGUUUUGUCAAGCUAGCAUCCUCACUGGGCUAUGGGUUAUCGGUCACGAAUGUGGUCACCAUGCCUUUAGUGAUUACCAGUUGAUCGAUGACGCUGUUGGGUUCGUCCUCCACUCUGCUCUUUAUACCCCUUAUUUCUCUUGGAAAUACAGCCAUAGGAACCACCAUGCCAACACGAAUUCACUUGAUAACGAUGAAGUUUACAUUCCUAAACGCAAGUCCAAAAUUGCCAUUUAUUCAAAGCUUCUUAACAAUCCCCCAGGUCGAGUGUUCACUUUGGUUUUCAGGUUAACUCUAGGGUUUCCUUUGUAUCUCUUGACUAACAUUUCUGGCAAGAAAUACGGGAGGUUCGCCAACCACUUUGAUCCACUAAGUCCGAUUUUCACCGAGCGUGAAAGAAUUCAGGUUGUUAUAUCUGAUAUUGGUAUUCUCGCGGUUUUGUACGCAACUAAGCUACUUGUAGAAGCGAAGGGGGUAGCUUGGGUGACAAGCAUGUAUUUAAUUCCGGUGCUAGGUGUACACAUGUUUUUCGUGUUGAUCACAUAUUUGCACCACACCCAUCUCUCAUUACCUCAUUAUGAUUCAACUGAAUGGAACUGGAUUAGAGGGGCAUUAUCAACAAUUGAUAGGGAUUUCGGAUUCCUUAAUAGGGUUUUCCAUGAUGUCACCCACACUCACGUCUUGCAUCAUUUGAUCUCGUACAUUCCACAUUAUCAUGCAAAGGAGGCAAGGGACGCAAUCAAGCCAGUCUUGGGUGAGUUUUAUAAGAUCGAUAGGACCCCGAUAUUCAAGGCGAUGUGGAGAGAGGCCAAGGAAUGCAUCUACAUUGAACCGGAUGAAGAUAGCGAACACAAAGGCACAUAUUGGUACCAUAAAAUGUAAUCAGUGUACACGAACAAUGCAAGUGUCCUACUUUAUAUUCCCUAUAUAAUAAGGGUUGUGCAUGGCUCAACCGUGCAUGUUGAUUACGUAGUAUCAUUUAUAUGAAAUUUCUUACUUGUGAUCUUCUGAGUGUACCUAUUAUUUCUAAUUUUAUGUACUGUAUAAAUACACAAGUGGUACCAUAUUA